AGAAACCUCUGCCAACCUAAUUUCAUCACACCUCUGGCUUCAGUCUUCGGGUUGCAGACAAUCCAAGAUGGCGGUGUGGAGUAGCAUGCUCCGUACCUUGGGUCAAAAUAUUGUCAAACAUCGCGGAACCGUGCCGGUAAAAUUUCCAAACAAUGGAGCCAUUAGAAAUAUGUCAGAUCAUGGUCCACGCAUAUUCCCCCUUCAGCCGAGCAGAUGGCAGUGGAACAAGACCAAGGACCUUUUUCACUUUUACAUGAUGCUGGGACUCAUUCCUGUCGCCAUCAUUGUUACAGGAUCUUACAUUUUUAUCGGACCUGCCACUCUGCAAGAAAUCCCUGAAGGCUACGUUCCGAAACAUUGGGAAUACUACAGAAAUCCAAUAUCCCGGUUUCUGUCUCGUUACAUCUUCACCUCGCAUCAGCAGGACUACGAAAAAGCAUUGCACUUUUUAUGGGAAGAAAAUGAAAAAACAAAGCUCCGUCACUUGGAAGAACGUGUCCUAAACUUGAUGAAGGACAGGACUGAUUAUCAGGCAUGGUACUACAGACCGGGCAUUGCCAAGUAUCACAGAUACAGUCGUAAGGCACUCGAAGAAAUCAACUCCAUGGAUGGAGAAUAAACUUCCAAUAGAGCUCUUAUCCUCCCAUGAUAAGAUAUAGAUUACGAAAAUUUUAGUUUCUUUCUUAAUUAACCCUGUCAUGAUCCAGCGUGCAUGUUAACAACUUUCAAUUAUUGUUAAUGGUCUCAAUUUGAAAGUUUUAAAGCAAGCGAGGAAAUGUAGUGUCGAAUUCGCAUUCGUCGCGUUUACCUGGGCGAUAAGGUAUCACUGUACAGAUUGAGUGUAUAAAUAACGCAUUAAAGUUGCACCAACCAACAAA